AUGAAACCGUAUCCGGCCGGGACGGCGAGGGAACUGGAGCCGCAGGCGCUGGCCCGGGGCGAGCAGCGCGCGGGAGAGCUCGAGGGGCGCUGGCGGGAGAAGGGCGAGGCAGACACGGAGCGGCAGCGCACCCGCGAGCGGCAGGAGGCUACGCUGGCCGGACUGGCGGAGCUGGAGUACCUGCGCCAGCGCCAGGAGCUGCUAGUCCGGGGCGCCUUAAGAGGCGCUGAGGGCCCGGGGGUCUCUGCGCCCCGCGAGAAGUUCUUGGAGAACAUUUUGCUGCUGCGGAAGCAAUUGAAUUGUUUGAGGCGAAGAGAUGCUGGUUUGUUGAACCAGUUACAAGAACUUGAUAAGCAGAUAAGUGACCUAAGACUGGAUGUAGAAAAGACAUCUGAAGAGCAACCGGAGACAGACAGUCGGCCUAGCUCAGGUUUUUAUGAGCUGAGUGAUGGGGCUUCAGGGUCCCUUUCCAAUUCUUCUAACUCGGUCUUCAGUGAAUGUUUAUCCAGUUGUCAUUCUAGUACCUGCUUUUGCAGUCCCUUGGAGGCAACCUUGACAAUCUCAGAUGGCUGCCCCAAAUCUACAGAUGUGAACCCCAAGUACCAGUGUGAUCUGGUGUCUAAAAAUGGGAGCGAUGUCUAUCGCUAUCCCAGCCCACUUCAUGCUGUGGCCGUGCAGAGCCCCAUGUUUCUUCUUUGUCUGACGGGCAACCCUCUGAGGGAAGAGGAGAGGCUUGGCCAUCAGGCUGCUGACAUUUGCGUCGGAUCUGAGCACGACUCCAUCAAAACGGACAGUUCCUUACCAUCUCCAAGUAGCCUGUGGUCUGCUGCCCACCCUUCAUCCAGUAAGAAAAUGGAUGGCUACAUCCUGAGUCUCGUCCAGAAAAAGACACACCCUGUAAGGACCAACCAACCUCGAACCAGUGUGAAUGCUGACCCCUCGAAAGGGCUCCUGAGGAAUGGGAGCGUGUGUGUCCGAGUGACCGGUGGUGGCUCCCAGGGCAGUAGUGUGGCCCUUAAGAACUGUAAACAGGCGUGCUUGCCAGCUGGGGGGCUCCUCUCUUUAGACACUGGCAUCUUCUCCCCACUGAAGCAGUGGUCAAAAGAAUCCAAAGUGGAACUGGAAAGCAAGAAGUUGUCCCCACCGGAGGGCUGCGCACCAAGUGCUGCCACUGAACUUAACAAAAACGUCAAAACAUACCCUCAAGAAGAUGUUCGGGGGGCUCCUGCUGGGGUAGGGGAGUCCCCUAAAUUAGAAAGCAGCGAUCCGAUCUCAGCGGCCUCUCCGAAAGAGAGCCCUGGGCGAGUCCCUGUUCCUGUCCCGGUCCCGCCGCCUCCACCUCCGCCAGGGAAAAAGCUGUCACAGAAGAACAGCCUGCAGGUGCUUCCUGCGACCGCUGCUGCGCCUGUGCCCACACUUCUGCCCUCCGCACUCCCAGUGGAGGAGAGGCCUGCCUUGGACAUCAAAAGCGAGGGCUCUUCUUCCCAAAGCCUGGAGGAAGGGCAUCUGGUCAGCGCUCAGUUCAUUCCCGCGCAGCCACCGCUGCCGCAGCCCAGCAUCAGGCUCCAUCGAGGCCCCAAGAAUGCGGGUGUCCCCAAAUCCGCCAGCCUGCGCCACCGAGGCCAGGCCCUGCACGGGGUGGAGCACAGCCUGUUGCCUACAGUGAGAGAGAGAAGCCGGGCUGCCAGCCGGAAGUGCCGCUUCCCGGAGGACCUGGAUACAAAUAAGAAACUCAAGAAGGCUUCUUCCAAGGGGAGGAAGAGCAGCCAUGCCCAGGCCGAGGCGGGUCUGCCCAGCCGAGCUCUAGGGGGCACCCACCGGGCCGGGAGCAGGGCCCAUGAUCAUCAUGGUCGGGAUGCGGUGGUGGCCAAACCUAAGCACAAGCGAACCGAUUAUCGGCGGUGGAAGUCGUCAGCGGAGAUUUCUUACGAGGAAGCUCUGAGGAGAGCCCGGAGACAUCGCCGGGAGAACAUGGGUGUGUACGCAGCACCUGUCCCCCUGCCGUACUCCAGUCCCUACGCCUACGUGGCUAGCGACUCCGAGUACUCGGCCGAGUGCGAGUCCCUGUUCCACUCCACCGUGGUGGACACCAGUGAGGACGAGCAGAGCAAUUACACCACCAACUGCUUUGGGGACAGUGAGUCGAGCGUGAGCGAGGGGGAGUUGGUGGGGGAGAGCACGACCACCAGUGACUCUGAAGAAAGUGGGGGCUUCAUCUGGUCCCAGUUCGUGCAGACUCUCCCUCUUCAAACGGUCACAGCCCCAGACCUUCACAGCCACCCCACUAAGACCUUUGUCAAGAUUAAGGCUUCGCAUAACCUCAAGAAGAAGAUCCUCCGCUUUAGGUCGGGCUCUUUGAAACUGAUGACCACGGUUUGA